CACAGGCAGCAGCCGCUCGGAGGACUGAAUAAAAUAUCUUGCUGAAAAGGUAUCUACUCGCUGUUCCCUUUUCUUUACUUCACGGAGAUCUUCAGGAUUGGUGUAUAUACCAUGGAAAACAUUAACAUUUAGGCGAUUAUUUGGCAAUGUGGAGGAAAUAAGGAUCGUGCUGCCCUUGAACUUCAGAGGGUAUUGGCGGUAACUCCAAGCCUUCCACGGCCCCUGUCUCCAAGCCUUCCACGGCCCCUGUCUCCAAGCCUUCCACGGCCCCUGUCUCCAAGAUCAUAGAGGAUGGGCUGUGUUCAAUGUAAGGAUAAAGAUGCAGCUAAAAUUACAGACAACCGGGACACCAACUUGUCUCAGAGUGGAGUGGGUAAUCGGUAUGGCGUCGAACCCACACCACAACACUACCCCGGUUUCGGCGGGGUCACUGGGGUCACACAGGGUUUGACGGUCUUCGGAGGGGUCAACACAUCAACGCACCAAGGAACAAUCCAUGCACGAGGAAGCACAGGUAUAACUCUGUUUGUUGCUCUCUAUGACUACGACGCUCGUAGUGAAGAUGAUCUCAGCUUCAGGAAAGGAGACAAAUUUCAAAUAAUCAACAGCACUGAGGGUGACUGGUGGAACGUGCGCUCUCUCACUACAGGAGGGACCGGCUACAUUCCCAGCAAUUAUGUCGCCCCAAUGGACUCCAUCCAGGCCGAGGACUGGUAUUUUGGUAAGUUGGGCCGUAAGGAUGCAGAAAGACAACUUCUGUCCACAGGAAACCUGCGCGGCACCUACCUGAUCCGUGAGAGCGAAACCACUAAAGGUGCCUUCUCUUUAUCUAUCCGCGACUGGGACAAUGUGAAGGGGGACCACGUGAAGCACUAUAAAAUCCGUAAACUAGACAGUGGAGGAUAUUACAUCACCACCAGAUCUCAGUUUGAUACUCUUCAACAGCUGGUCCAGCAUUAUUCAGAGCGGGCAGCGGGGCUUUGCUGUCGCUUGGUCGUCCCUUGCCACAAAGGGAUGCCGAGGCUCACUGACCUGUCUGUCAAAACCAAAGACGUGUGGGAGAUCCCACGGGAGUCGCUGCAGCUCAUAAAGCGCUUGGGCAAUGGCCAGUUCGGGGAGGUGUGGAUGGGAACAUGGAAUGGUAACACUAAAGUGGCAGUAAAGACCCUCAAACCUGGCACAAUGUCUCCAGAGUCCUUCCUUGAGGAGGCACAGAUCAUGAAAAAACUACGACAUGAUAAACUCGUGCAGCUCUACGCCGUGGUUUCAGAGGAGCCCAUCUACAUAGUCACUGAGUACAUGGCCAAAGGGAGUCUUCUAGAUUUCCUAAAGGAUGGGGAGGGACGGGGGCUCAAACUGCCCAACCUCGUCGACAUGGCCGCCCAGGUGGCUGCAGGCAUGGCCUACAUCGAGAGAAUGAACUAUAUUCACAGAGAUUUGCGCUCUGCUAACAUUCUGGUGGGUGAUAACCUUGUGUGCAAGAUCGCUGACUUUGGCCUUGCCAGACUCAUUGAGGACAAUGAGUACACUGCAAGACAAGGGGCUAAAUUCCCCAUUAAGUGGACAGCACCAGAGGCAGCUCUGUACGGGAAGUUCACCAUUAAAUCUGAUGUUUGGUCAUUUGGAAUCUUUCUUACGGAACUGGCGACUAAAGGCAGAGUGCCAUAUCCAGGCAUGAAUAACAGGGAGGUGCUGGAACAAGUGGAACGUGGCUACCGGAUGCCGAGUCCUCAAGACUGUCCGAGCUCUCUACACGAGCUGAUGCUUCUAUGCUGGAAGACAGACCCCGAAGAUCGACCCACUUUCGAGUACCUGCAGGCCUUCCUUGAGGAUUAUUUCACUGCGACAGAACCACAAUAUCAGCCCGGAGAUAACCUAUAAACACUCCGCAUCAUGAUCUCACCCUCCCAGCCCAUGAGUCUCAACCCUCCUGUCUGGAGGAAUGUACAGCUUUACCUAAUUUCCUUGUUACUCUCACUGUGGUCUCACGCCUGAAGACUGAAUCGCUUGCACAGACUUUGCAACCUGACGAGUGUAUACAAGAGCAAGCUGGGAUUGUGGGCAAUGUUGGGAAGGUAAUGUUCAGGGUUUUCACCAUAACCAUUAUAAUGAUAUGAAUUGCCUGUAUUAAUUGUAAAUAUGAGAUGCUUGUUUAUGGUAUAUUUUUGGUUCGUUUUCAGUCAUGUUUUGUUUCUUACCCCCGCUCAUCUUUUAGUUUUGCUUUGCAAAGUAGCAAUUAAGGUUACGUUAAAGAAGCUGAUCUUUGUGAAGCGUUAACCUCUAUGAACGGUUUUGCUAUCUACCGAUGUGGCGAACGCUGUUCAUUUGGGCCUUGAGAAUGUAUAUAGUUUAUUUGUUCUCCCCUCUGCUGGUGAGAUUGUGCUCUAGUUAGAAGAAUAAAUCUUCAGAGCAUUUUUAUGAUUCUAGUGAUUUUAAAAUGGCUGCAGACUCAACCUGCAUAAUAAGUUGAUUCCUCAGAUUUCGGUUUGUUUAAUUUAUUUUUUCUUUUGCAAUGCUUAAAGAAAUCAUUCACCCAAAAAUAAAAAUUCUCUCAGUAUUGACACCCUUAUGCCAUCCAAGAUGUGUAUGACUUUCUUUCAUCUGUUGAACACAAAUGAAGAUUUUUAGAAGAAUUUCUCAGCUCUUUUGGUCCAUACAAUGCGAGUGAAUGGUUGCCAACAUUUUGAAGCUCCAGAAAUCACAUAAAGUCAGCAUAAAAGUAAUAAAAUCCACACAACCCCAGUGGUUAAAUCCAUGUCUUCAGAAGUGAUAUGAUAGGUGUGAGUGAGAUAUAGAUCAAUAUUUAAGUCCUUUUUUACUCUAAAUUCUCCUCCCUGCUCAGUCAAUCUCCACCAACUUUCACAUUCUUCUAAUUGUGUUUUUGGUGAUUCACAUUUGUCAUGCAUAUCGCCCCCCUACUGGGCAGGGAGAAGAAUUUCUAGCAAAAUAGGACUUGCAUAUUGAUCCAUUUCUCACCCAUAUCUAAAGAUAUGAAAUAAAACACUGGAUUCAUAUGGAUUCACUGCAUGACUUCAUAUGGCCAAAUUCUUUUGCAUUGGAGCAUCAACAUUUACUUGAAUUGUAUGAACCUACAGAGCUGAGAUAUUCUUCUAAAAAUCAUUAUUUUUGUUCUGCAGAAGAAAGUCAUACACAUCUGAUAUGGCAUGAUGUUGAGUAAAUUAGAGAAUUGUCAUUUCUGAACUAUCCCUCCAAGAUGCUCAAUUAAGGUUGUGUUGACAUCUGUAAAAACUGUUGUACUAUCCAAAGUACCAGCUGUUAACCUAAUGUAAUAACACAAGUUAUUUUACAAAUGAUGUACAUUACAGUUUUGUAUUUGCUGCCAAAUGUUAAGGACUUCUAUUUUUCAGCAUACCUCCACUUGCUCACUCACUUGAUGAAACAAGUCCCAUUUACAACUUUUUAUUGAUAUUGAUUGUACCAUUGUAAUAUUAAUGUUUUUCCAUGGUGGAAGAACAUUUGUUAUUCUCAUUUUAAAGGUUUAAACAUUUCCCCCAAGUAUGUUUCCCCAUACUUGAAAAAUCUGAAAAACACAGCCUUCCUAGGCAGAAUACGGAGGUAGGCGUCAAGGAACAACUCUUCGAAAGUAUGACAAGCGCAGAUGUUUUUAGCUGCACAAGCUCGAUUUUGUGUGCCAUUGCAUUCCGAAAUGUGCCAGACUGCAAUAGAGCGCGCCAACUUUUUCUGCCAUUUUGGUUUCAGAAUUAUGAUUAAUAAAAAAAAAAAAAUUCAUAGGGAUUUAAUAAAAUCCUUCAUAAGAUUUCUAAGCCAUGAACCAAAUCUACCAUCUCUAGGAUGAAUCACAAUAUUAUAAACUUUUGAAUUUGAAGCCAAAAAAAUAAGGAAAUUAAAAUCACAAUAUGUACUUACCAUAAUUCAUAUAUAAACAAUAUAUUUUAAUUGUAUUGCAAAAUGUACAGAAACAAAUAUAUAAGUAGUUUGAGAGAAACCGCCUUGAUUGCAUUAUUCGCUGUGCUUCAUCUGAGUUGGCAGUCGCCGCAGGGCUUUUUUGGUGCACUUUGUUUGCCGCGACUCUGAUUCUGCUAUUACAUAUUAUUUUGAAAAGUGAACAUGAAAAAACUGUAAGCUUCAACAGAAGCAUAUACCAUCGGUUAGCAACCUCAGAGCCCAUGGUAGGACUGUAUUUAAAGGUUUUAAAAAUCCAUUUGCCAAUGGAGAAAAUAAAUGGGAUUUUAUUUCCAAAACCAGACAGAUCUAUUCAUAACGCAAGUACAGCGUUGCCUGUGAUAUCCCAAAAUCACGUUUGUGCAGUUGGGCAAUUGAAUGAAAGAAUAAAAAUCGUGUGGAGCACUUGAAACGAGCAAAUUAACUUAUAAAUGUAAAAAAAUAAAUCCAAAUUAUGAUUGUAUUUCUACAGAGAAAUAAGCAUAAUAGUCAUUAAGUAUUUGCUUGGUUACCUCAAAUGCUCACUUGAAUUUCUUCUAGAUAGAAAACUCAUCAUUAGACAUGAUGAGACGGUGCCUUCGAGGUCUGAAAUCCUUUAGGAGGUACCUGUACCUUUAUGCAAAAACACUGUCAUUGCAGGGCAGUGACUGAGCAAGGCAGCUCCCUUCAGUUUCGGACUCACUUUUAGUGACACUCAGACAGCUGUUCCGAAAGGGUCACUUCAUUUUCUGUUUGCCAGAAAAUGGCAAUGUGAUGUGAUGGAGGGAGAAUUGGGUUCUGUUGCCCCUCAGGGGUUGCCACGACAUCCAGUCUGUAUCCUGAUGCACCUCUGUAUUCUUAUUCUGUUGAUUUUGUCCACAAUGGAGGAUACUUUGUCUUUUCUUUUUUUUUUUGUCGUAAUGUAUUUUAUUUAACCUGUUUUCAUUUGCAAGGGAACACUGCAAAGUUUUUUCCCUUGUUGGUUUGCGCAGUGGCCAUCAUAAUGUCUCUCAAAUCACGUCUUUUCACAUUGUUUGAGUUAUGUGUUAGUUUAACAUUACUGUGUCAGUAACAGCCUCAAAAUAAUUUUUUCCAUUCCAAUUUUUUUUACAGGCCAUUUUGUUAACUCAGUUCCCAUUUGGAAAUAAAAAGUACAGUAUUUU